CUUAGGGACGAGUCGGAUGGGAAAAUUCGGGAAAAUUUUUCCGCCCAACACGGUCGGCAUCUAUUUCGAGCUGGCUCGCUCUGUGAACUCAUCAGUGCUGUUUAAGAAAAACGGUUUCAUUUGCGUGGUGCCAGACCGUUAUUCUCAACCCCCGGAUGCUGCAGGAUGUUAAAUCAGAUUACAGUGUUAAAUGAAGUUGUCUUGCUCUGAGGAUUACUUACUGCCUUUUAAUGCAAUAGAUGCCGUAGUUGUAUAAAGACUCGAAAGGAGACCUUUCUGGCUACUCGUAAUUAAAAGAAGGUUGGCAUUGCGUGCUUGCUGCAUCACUGACAAAUUUGAAUUUACAAAAGCUAUCGGCGUUGUGGAAUUAUUGGAUAAGUGAAACGAUGAAGAAAAUUUGAAACCAAAGUUUAAAUUUUUCAUUCUUUGUUAAAAAAUUGUAAAUCUAAGAAAAAUGAUAAAUGGGUACCACAGGUCCAUCCAACAAUGUGCUCGAGUGGAAUAGUACCGGAAUGUGGAAUGAUAUGAACGUUGAAAAUUGGUUUUGCAAUCCUUCACACACGUGUUUCCAUGUUUACGAGGAUAAUUGAAUGGAGUAUUCAUUUUAUUUGCUGUAUUCCAAAGCCGCUUUGGAAACUUGAAGACUUCAACUCAACCGCACACGUUCUGUGCCGUCAGCAAACAACAGUGUAUAAAGUGCUUUCAAGUGUUGUGGAAAACUAUUCGUUAAGCAUAUGGUUGAAGAAAGGAAGCACCGAUUGCUCGUAUGACUAAUGGGAAAGCAUGUUUCUCGCCACGAAAAUACUGCGAGCUUCGCACGCCAGAGAAAAACAAUAAUGCAAUUCAAUUCAACGAGCUCCAACCGAGAAGAAACCAACCUCCGUUUGAUGCAACUCGUGCUUCAACGCUAGAGGGAAAGAUGAACGUGACAGAAAUAGGUCAGUUGCUGAUGAAUGAUACCGAAGGAUUCUCAACAGUGCCGGAUAUGGCCAUUGUCAAUAAUACAACGACCCGUGAGCUACUUUACUGCGGCAAAGGGCUAGAUGAUUUCCACACCAGCUAUUCCAGUAUUCAUGGCAUUGUGUGUCUCCUGGUGUGUAUAUUUGGCAGCGUGGCGAACAUGUUAAACAUUGCUGUGCUCACACGGCGGGAGAUGCAUUCCCCCACUAAUGCCAUCCUCACCGGGUUGGCCAUCGCCGAUCUGCUUGUGAUGCUGGACUAUAUGCCCUUUGCUGUGUACACGAGCUCAUUUAUGAGAUUUUCCCGUGAGGAAAGACUUACGUAUAGCUGGAGUUGGUAUGUAAUGUUCCAUUCAAUAUUCGCACAAAUAUGUCAUACAAUCUCAAUUUGGCUCACGGUUACGCUGGCCGUUUGGCGCUACAUAGCUGUGGCUUAUCCUCAGAAAAAUAGGAUCUGGUGUAGAAUGAUAAACACCUUGGUCGCAAUCAUGAGUUCCUACAUAGUCUGUCCAUUGCUGGGUAUUCCAUUAUACCUGUCUUUCAGUAUCAAGUCACACGUUGAGCUUGUAGGAAGCGAUGGUAAUCUGCAAAAAAUGAUUAAUAGUAACGGAGCCACAAGAAAUGUGACACUUUACCGAAUGCUUCCAUCUGAAUUGGCUGAACAGUAUCCUGCCCUGUUGAACGUAAACUUCUGGAUUUAUAGUGUUGUGAUAAAGUUAAUUCCUUGCAUAGCACUGACCGUUUUAAGUUUGCGACUAAUAGCCGCUUUGCUGGAAGCAAAACAUCGCCGCAAGCAGUUAACCGGAAACACGAAGGGAGCAAAACAAAUCGUCGAUGGAAAGGUAGUCGACAUUUCUCAAAAGAAAAACUCCAAAAGCAAUGAUAAGGAAAAACAAACCGAUCGCACAACUCGGAUGCUGUUGGCAGUGCUACUGUUGUUUCUUAUUACGGAAUUUCCUCAGGGCAUCUUGGGAUUGCUGAGCGCCUUGCUGGGGAAACAUUUUUUCUACAACUGUUACUUAAAACUGGGGGACGUCAUGGACGUUUUGGCCCUUAUGAAUUCGGCGAUAAAUUUCAUCCUCUACUGUGCCAUGAGCCGUCAGUUCAGGGAUACCUUCAACUACUUGUUCCGUCCGAAAUGUCUCGAUAAAUGGCUUCCGGUGUCGCAAAACGACGAGGAAAUAGCAAUGGGACAGCGUAACGACGACCGUGCCACAACACAAAUUACUCAAGUUUAGCAAUCCAGGGGGCGUCCUAAUCACUGCCAUUGUUGCACGCAGCUGUUGGUAGGAGCCUGCAGACGGUUUCAUCUGAGCGAACAGCAAACAGCCACAACAGCAGCUUCCAAAGAUUUGGCGGUGCUCUAGUGAUGCCUCCGAGCAAUUCUGCGGGAAGGUUGUCGCUCAACCUUCAAAACAAAGUUCGUUCGAAACAAUAUCAUCGAAUUAAAAUGGUUUUGCCAAGCGUAAGUUACCUCCACAUAACUUUUUCUACAUAACUAUCCCUUCAUUACGUUUUAAUCAAUCCGUGAAUGAGAUAAAAGAAACAUGUUGAAACGAAUUAAGUCUAGAUAAAAGUAAAUCUUACAGAUUAAAUAUUUUAAGGAUUGCAUAGAAAAAGUGAAAUCUUAUUUUAAGUCCUUUAUCGCUGUCAAAAACAAAUGU